AAAGAUUCCAUUUCUCGUGGUAUUGGUCUUGAAACAAGAAACCGGAGGUAAGUAAACUUAAACGAACCCACCAUGACCACACAACUCGAUGAGCCGGACCCGGGUGACCGGGGCUUCGGGUUUCUCUUCUUCCUCGCAGAGGGCGUUGUGACCCAUCGCCCCGAAGAUGCCACGGACGACGAAAACGAUUCCGACCAGUCUUCUGCCGCGGAAAAGACCUUCUCGGAGGAGGAGUCGCUCUUUUCAAAUCAUAAGCCAGGGUUUUCUUUCGGAAGACUCGGGAAUAGGAAUGUUCUUGAAACCGACCAAGAACUACAACCUGCCGACGUGCUGGUCGGAGAUCAUGUUGAAGACCUUUCCGCCUACGCAGACCGACAGGCGCAGCGGGUUCCUGUCGAGCAACUGCCGAUCAUGAACAAGGCCCGCCGCGCAUUAGGUCGGUUGCGGAAAGAUCGCGCGGAACUGCAGGAACUGAUGCAUCUGAGAAAACGAAGGCGCGGUCAGCCUGGAUCGCUGGGUGGAAGCAAAGAUUCAUCCGCGGCGGCCACAGUGGUGGUGUCCUCUUUAACGGGACCGGGAAUUCAAGGCCCUAGUACACACCAACUUUUUUACACAGAGAAAGAUACUGCACUAGGGGCGGAAGGAGACGAAAGUAACCUUACUGCAGAGGAACAAGCAAAAAAAGUCAACGGGGGCACCACGACGGCAGCCAAGAAUGCUGCCUCGUCCUCUUCUUCCAAGGUAGUGAUCGACGACCGCGCGGAGACAACUACCCUCCUCACAAACCCCUACACAGACGACGCCGGCGACACUGGCGGGUCUGCGUCGUCCGCCGCGAGGAAUUUUGUCAACAAUGUGAUUCCACCGUCCUACUACUCCAACCUCCAGACCAGCGAGGAGCGGGCGCACAGCACGGACAUUCUGACCAAGUCCGUUUCGUUCUGCGAGGGUUUGAUGGAGGGGCAGAUGCUGACGAUUUUCUACCUGUUCAAGGACACCUACCACCUGGACCCUGCUCCGGUCGGGCUGCUGACCGCGAUCACGCACGUGCCCUUCGUUCUCAAGCCCUGGCUCGCACAUUGGGUGGAUAGCAGGGGCGAUGACGAGGACGCGGAACGCGCAGUCAAACGUGAUGAGGAGCAGAAAAUUUCACUCGUCGAUGGGACCACCGGUGCGGACCGGGACGAAAAUCCUGCUGCAACUGCUUUAUCCGCGGCAAACAACGACCUGAACAGCCGGAAACUGCAGCAGCGGAAGCUCUUACUGCUCUCCGUGAACGCAAUUUCCGCCAUCGCGCACGUGGUAAUCUCCGCGAAGCAUCCCGCAUUUUCCUUCUUUUCUCUGAUUGCCAUCCGCUUCGGAAACUGCAUGUCGCAGACUGUGGCGCAGGCAUUGGUGAUAACGGGCACUAGGGAGAAAAGCACGAAGGAAGCAAUGAAUGGGACGAGUGAGGUUGGACAGCGGGAACGCAGCAGCAGCUCCACUGCAGGACAACACCUCCCAGCCGCAGACAACAACCCACUCAGCCAUAACGCCGCAGCCUCCGCCGUUUCCGGAUUCUUCUACUACCGUGCGGUCGGCGCACUGAUUGCGGCCUACUCCAGCGGUGCGCUGAUGCACCGGGGCGUGGCACCGUCGACUUUGCUGAACUGCAUGACCAUGUUCCCAUUGUCGAUCGUGGCGGCGACUCUGAUUCUCCAGAAUUCCUUCGACGACUGCGUCGGCGCCGAGGACGUCAGCAGGCAAAGCUCCGCGGCUUUCGCGAGGCAGUAUUCCGAACACAUGGUGAACCGAGGCAACAGCAAUGGUGCACCAGAGGGAGGCCUGGCUUCCGGAGCACGAACGGGAGUAACAAGUCGCGAUCCAACACUACAAGAGUCGGAGGAAAUACCCGACCAGUUAAGCAUCCGUUCUCUCGCCAGCCGCAUGUACCACGACCGCAGGGUUUUCCUUCCAGCGGCGUUUGUCAUGCUGUACAUUUUCGGUCCGAACUACGACGACGCACUGAAUUUCUUCUACAUCAACCGCCUGCACUGGACGCCCGACUUCCUCGGGGCGAUCCAGCUGGCACACCACACCGCGAAAAUUGUCGCGAUGGCCUCAUACGGGCUGUUUCUGUACCAAACGCCGACGAAAAAACUGUACCAGACCUGCGCGGUGCUCUCCGCCGUGAUGUUCGCCACGCCGGCUUUGAUCACCACCGGCGCGUACCAAUAUCUGCACAUCAACCCGAAAUUCCUAGCUCUCGCCGGGGAAGUGCUGCGAGACAGCUUCGGAUGGCUGUUGAUGCUCCCGAUCUUCACGGACUGUGUGAAACGGUUUGCCCCGCCCGGGCGGGAGGCGACCACGUUUGCCAUGGUGUCGUUCCUGCCUACAGUGGCGCGGUUUGUCAACAAAUUGAACAGUGCGAUGUGUGUGCAGUUGUUGGGGAUCACCGCCACGAAUUUCGACCACUUGACCCUGUUCGUCUUCAUCGUAGCCGGAUCGACGGUGUUGCCGGCACUGGUGGUGGAUUUGAGUGAAUUGGAUAAGGAAGAAACAGCGGUGGCAGGGGACGAGAGAGUGAUGCAGGUGGAAUAUGAUGUUGGCCACCCCCUGCAGUCUUCUCGUGCGGACAAAGCAGGCGGCUUUUCAUCAAACUCGCCGUCGAACAGGCCGCAGUCACCCGAUUCACAGAUCGUGGAGCUAGAAGAUAAUUCGGACCUGCAAGUUGUAGGCGGUACUGCUGGGGUGGUAACUGGGACGGAAGACGACGAGCUUUCGACCUUCAAUUUUGUCCGCAACAACAAAUCAUCGGCGAGAGGAGGAUCGCAGCCUGCUGGGGGAAGUCAGUUGGGGCUGCCGGCGAUGGCAUAACUCGGGUAAAAGGGAUGUAGCUGUAAGAUUAUUAAGUAGAUACUCGCAGGGAGUGGGAGGUGAGGAAUGCAGAUGUAGUUGACCGGUUCCGUUCCUGCAAUUCUAAUUCUGACUGUCGGAAGAUCCGGAUCGUGUGGAGCGGUCACCAUGCGCAUACAGAUCUGAAUUUGCCUCGAGCUUGAUUUCGCGUUCUGCGUAGUCAGCACCGCAAACCAGAAGCUCAGGAGCGACGUGACCCUCCAGCUACCUGAAAAUGUAACAGUCACUUCAAGUUGUACCUGCUUCGCCUUGUAUGAUGCCCGCUUCUUGAUGUUCAACAUCAUCAUGAUCAUCUUCUAAUCAAUUACCGUGGUUUCACUUUCAGUUGUUCCGCUUACAACUACACUUCUUCGUAUUAGAUAAUGUCGCAGCACGACGAGCACGUAGAAAGAGAUUGUUGAAAAACAUAAUGUACGAACAAGAACAACGUCAACGCCCCAACAAUGAGGACUGUGUCGCCCUUGUACUUGUAGUCCGUCAAGCUGCCUAGCAGUGUCACGACUCCAGGAUAGGAACGGCACGAAUGAAAAUCCAAAUUAGAGUAUAGUUUAUCGACCAGGUCUUCAUCGUCGUCCUGUUCCAACGGAUAAUUUUUUGAAUGAACCUUCACGUGCACCUGCUGUGCGAAAGAUAACGAGCGACCGCCACAACAAUAAAGGAAUCUGUGCCUGAAGUACAGAAGGCAUGGCUGCAGGAGUUCCUUUAAUUACGUAAAAGUAUCUCUAUUCGCGAUCCCAACUUGAGCACGGAAGCGAGAACCCCAAG